AUGGCGGAAGCGACUUUGACGACUCUGCGUAUGCGGCUCGUGGUGGCAGCCACUCUCUUCGCUCUCCUUGCCACAACGGUCUCGGCGUACGCGGCGGCGCCACAAAACCGGAGCAGCAGCUGCUACCCUCGCAUGUUCAGCUUCGGCGACUCGCUGAUCGACACCGGCAACUUCAUCCACUACUCCAAGGCGCCGGGCUCCGUGUCGCGCCCUCCCUACGGCAGGACCUUCUUCGGCCGCCCCACCGGCCGCUGGUCCGACGGCCGCCUCAUCGUCGACUUCAUCGUGAAGAGGCUGGGGUUCCCGUGCUGGCCUGCGUACCUGCAGGCCAAGUCACCGGCGAGGAAGGAGGACUUCCAGUACGGCGCCAACUUCGCGGUGGCGAGCGGCACGGCGCUGAACCAGCUGCUCUUCGAGAAGAAGCCCCUCGACAUCAGCGGCAUCACCCCUUACUCCCUCGGCAUCCAGAUCGGCUGGUUCAAGAAGGUGCUCGCCGCCAUCGCCUCCACCGAGGAGGAGCGGGAGGAGGUCAUGGCGAAAUCUCUGUUCCUUCUGGGGGAGAUCGGCGCCAACGACUACAACCACCCCUUCUUCCAGAACAAGACGCUCGGCUGGGUGAAGCCCCUCGUGCCCCGGGUCAUAAGAUCCAUUGGCCUCUCCAUCGAGGCUCUGAUCGAGCUGGGAGCCAAGACCAUCUACGUGCCGGGCGUCUUCCCGCUGGGCUGCGUCCCGCGCUACCUCUACUUCUUCCGCGGCGGCGAGCCCGGCGACUACGACUCCGCCGGCUGCCUCGGCUGGCUCAACGCUCUCACCGCCUACCACAACCGCAUGCUCAAGGCCAAGAUCGGCGACCUCCGCCGCGCACACCCCGGCGUCUCCAUCACCUACGUCGACUACUACGACGAGGUGCUCAGCCUCAUCACCGCGCCAGCGCAGAACGGGUUCGACGCCGGGAAGGUGCUCUACGCGUGCUGCGGCGGAGGCGGGCCGUACAACGCAAACCUCACCCUCAAGUGCCCGGAUCCUGGCGCGGUGCGGUGCGCGGACCCGUCCAGGUACGUGUCCUGGGACGGCCUGCACAUGACGGAGGCCGUGUACAGGAUCAUGGCACGCGGCAUGCUCCAAGGCCCCUUCGCCAACCCGCCCAUCAUGUCCACAUGCAACCACACAAAUAGACAAUGA